AACCCGGCAACGCGCGGUGUCGCGAGGAGGCAGCCAUUAAACGCGCCCCGCUCGUACGCCGCGCGCGGAGCCACAGACCAGACCAGAGCACCGCACACAGCACAGCGAGCAGCAGCGAGCGAGCGAGCGAGACAUCAGCCAUGGCUGUGCCUCUGCCUCCCCCCAACCUCAUCAUCACCCUUCUCCCCCUCGUCUAGACACCCAUCAUUGCCCCUCCACGCCCCCCGCCUCCUCCUCCUCCUCCCCGAUCGUCUCCUCCUUGCCCUUCUUGCACCGCGCGCUAUAUAUAGCCAGCCGGAGCUCGACCUUCCAGACGCAUCGAUCGACCGGUGUUCGAUCUUUCUUGCUGUGGGGAUUUCGCCAUGAACGCCUUCUUCACGUCGCUGGCGAGAGGGCUGGACGACCUGAGCAGCGGCGGCGGGCUGUCGUCGCUGCCGGCGCUGCUGCGGGCGGCGGCGCUGCUCAGGGGGCUGCACUCGCAGCUCACGCUGCUGGUGGGGCAGCUCCACCUGCCGCCCGGUGGGCGGUGGCUCGACGAGUACAUGGACGAGACCGCGCGGCUCUGGGAGGCUUGCCUCGCCGUCAAGGUCGGCCUUGCCGCCGUCGAGCGGUAUUGCGCUGCCGCGUCUUGUGCUGCGGCCGCCAUGGAUGACUGGCUCCAGGACCCUUCCCCUCUCUCCACUCGCCAGGUGAUGAGGGCGAUCUCUGCGUCGAGGAGGGAGGCCAUGGCGGCGGAGGAGGAGAACCGUGCGCUGUCGGAGGCGAGGAUCGCGCCGCUGUCGCUGCAGCUCGACGAGCGGCUGCUGCUGCGCGCCGCGGACGCCAGGUUGAGCGGCUUCAACGGCUUCCGCGGCCUGCUCUACGCGCUGCACAACGCCAGCUCGCUGCUGCUCCUCGUCCUCGCCUCCGGCGCCGUCUCCUGCGCCGCCGCCGCAGCGGGGCCGUGCUCCGCGGAUGGCGCCGCGGACGCCGGCGGGUUCGUGGCGUCCAUCGCAAUGCUGCAGCAGAGGAUGGCGGAGGAGGCCGACGCCGACGGUAGCGCCGGCGCGGCGCGGGGGGGCAUCCGGAUGUACGAGUUCCGGUGCGCGCGCGCCGCCGUGGAGGCGGCGCACGAGGAGGUGGAGCGCGCCGUGGCGGCGGGCCCCCGCAAGCAGCAGUGCGAGGACGGCGACGGCGGCGUCAAGGACAAGGUCGACGAGCUCAAGGCGUGGCUCGACGUGCUCCGGACCGGCACCGACGGCCUCGUCUGCCAGCUCGACGACUUCCUCGACGACAUUGUCGAGGGCAGGAAGGAGCUCUCCGACCUUUGCAGCCACUGAUCGAUCGACUGCAACACCAUCAUCAUCGCCAUGGAUGAUGGCAUGAAAUGCUUCAUGCUUCGCGUGGUAGAGUACUCGUACUGUACGUAGUAGUAGCAAGCAUAAUCUUCAGUAGCGAGUACGAGUAGUAGUUAGUGGUACUCGAUGAGACAGAGUGUGUCGCUGUCACAGCAUUUUGCUCAUGAUGUUGUUGUUGCUGCUGCUGCUGUUGUUUCCAUCCUGUUGCUGCGUCUCUGCCAUGAAAGGUGCCAUGAAAGGAGAGGCAUGAUGGGGAUGAGAGAGAAAGGAAAUCUUUCUUGUUGCAUUGCAGGAGUAGCACAGGCAGUUGCAGUUGCACGACGGAAGGGGUCGCCUUUUGUUUGUUCGCCUGGGGAGGCAGACGUGCCGUAGGUCGGGCUACUAUCAGAGUUCUACCAUAAUGCGAAAAAUGGCCGAAACUUUGGUUC